UCGCAGUCGAGAGGUCUACCUGAAUCAAAGACAUAAUACGUACCGACAUUUUAAGAAAAAUGAAAAAGAAACACAUUAUACAAUUUAAUAAGAAACCGCUCAGAGUAUUGCAGUGACACCACAGCUAUUAGCAGAUGGAGUAAGCGGACAUUGUGCUCAAGACACGCUUGAAUGGCGAUCUCGCUCUGUUGCACCGAUCUUUCACCUUCGCAAUAAUUACGCCUAUAAAACCUUGUCAUUCUAAUUAUAUGACGUUACUUUUCUUUCGACGCAAAACGGAAAUACAACUCGUUAUAGAAAAGGCGGAAUAUAUUUAAACAACACCUCUUGGGCUUGCACCCAUAACAAAAUGAACAGAUUAAAUUUUUUGUUUAUACUUUGGGCCAUCUGUGGAGCCGUGUCGACAAAUAGUGAGGACCAGGGUGACGAAUUUCUGAAAUCUUUUAAUGUGGACAAUUUUUUCGAGGGUCAAGAAUCUGGCCUGGCUUCAAAUCCUAUUUCCGCCGCAAUUCUUAAAGUAGAUAAAGGACAAUAUCCUGAAUUUUUCGAUACAAUUGUUAGUAGCUCAAUUGAUUCUUUGCAACGGCAAACAGCUCCUAUACGGAGCGUUUUUGAUGCAAGUAACUUUGGAUUUAAACCAAUCCCAAGCCAAGCUUAUCCCUACAAGUUGGCCAAGCUUCAAGUACAACCACAACAGCAAAACACGCCUUUAGCACCUAACACACCGAAACUUAGUCCAUUAAGAUAUGAUAUAAGAACCAUACACGACCUAAAUUAUAAAGUUUACAAGCCGGAAGAGAACGAAGAGGGGAAAGGGAUUUUAGAAGCACUGAAACAAAAUCCUGAUGUUUCAUCUUAUUUUAAACCGACUGUAAAUAGUCCUGUGAAUUACCAGCGAGAAGACUUAAUCGAAAAUUUUGAUGGAAGUCAAAAUUACAAACAAAACCCUUACAUUUCAGGACCAGCACGUAUUCGCAGAUAUACAGGAAGAAGAACUAAAGAGAAUUUGAGGAAAGCUGAAGAUGAUGAAGACGAUCCAUACAAUUAUAAGUCUGAAUACAUUUCCCGCCCUAAAGUUUUUGAUGAAAGUCCCUAUAGUAGUCCUUAUAAAAAGAAGAAGGAAGCAAAGGAUGAAUACGAAUAUCCAUACAGCUACGAUUCUGGCUACGACCAUAAGGAAUAUGACAGAAUAAAGGACUUGUCUGAUAAACAAGCCGCGGAGAUAAGACAAAACCCCGGAAAUUGUAAAGAAGUAAAAAAGGACGGUAUGUCUUGUAUGCAAUGUAAGGAUCCUAAAACAGGAGGUAAUUAUGAAUCAUGCUCUUAUGUAGCUGAACCAAAAAAUAAUAAAUAUGCAUACUCCAAAGAAAAUAAAUUUGAUAGCAACGAUGAACCCGAUGAACCUGAAGACGAACAAAAAGCAUUGGAACCGAAAAGUGAAAAUGUAAAAGAUGAUACUGCUCCUCAGAAAUUUUCUAAAGCUGAUAAUGAAAAGCCGUACAGCAGUUAUAAGGAGUUAGCUCCAAAAGAUGACUCUGAUGGAAAGUACAAAGCUUAUUACGUUCAUACAUCACAGCCCAAAUUAAGUGAAAAAUUGAGAUCAGAGAGUGAAGAGGAAAAUUCAGAAGAAAAUAAACCAAAGGAAUAUGAUUACCAAAAAGCACUACCUGGUUUUUAUACCGAUAAUGAACCAAAAAAAGACGUAGAGCACGUUUUAGCGGAAUUUAAAAAGAAGGAUAGGUCUUCAUGUAAAAAGGUUCAGAAAAAAUCGAUGACAUGCUACCAAUGUGUAGAUAAGUCAGGACUUAAAAAUGAAGAAUGUAUGUUUGUAUCAGAAUCAGCCCCCAAAAAGAGUCACGUGGCCUAUCAAGAGUUAAAAGAGUUCACAUCUAAACCGGCAACAAUAGAAAGUAAUGAACAAGCAGAAAGCCAAAUUGUUACAACCAAUGCUCCACCUACCCAAAAGUCUGCUGCGUAUACAGCUAACCAUGACCAUUCUAAAAAAAUUAAACGCAAGAAAGUUCAGACCGUUGCACCCGCUCCUAAAUCUCAAAAAGUUAAACGCAGUGAGGGUUCUCAUUUAAAACCAGAAGAUGAUUCCAACAUUGCUCCUCCUGAAGAAUUUGCGGGUGCAACAUCUCAAGGUGCAUUUUGGUCCGAAACCGUUCCUAGAUAUAGCGCUACUUUAGGAGUCACCUUACCAGAGUAUAUGCUUUCAAGAUCAGAACAUGAAGAUUCUUUCGACGAAACUGUUGCAGGAGCUUAAAUUUUGUGAGUGUUGUAAAUAUCCUUAAGAUUAGUAACAAUAAUUUCAACUGACAUCAAUGAUAUUUACAGAAAUGUUCCAAAUUUAACAUAGGCAUAGAGUGAUCAACUUCAAUUAAAAAAUACCCAAUAUGGUUAUUUUUUUGAGGUAGGUACGCACUCCAAAAUGUUACGAGUAGGAGGAUGAUAUUUGUUAUGUUAUUAUAAGUUUUUAUACAAGUGUUCAAGAAAUUCAUGUCAUUGUUAACUAGUUUUAAAUAUUGUCAUUAAAAAUAUUUUUAUAAAACCUA